CGGUCGUGUAGUCAUCAGCUUGGGUCAUCGAUUGUAUGAGUAAGUAGUACCGACAUCCACCAUGUAAUGACGAGCAGUCUGAGGCACAAAGGAAAUCUAAUUACACUGGCGGCAUACAAGCAUCCAUAAUGCAGACAAACACACAACUUGCCAAACAUGUCACAUCAGCUUUCCUCCGCUUGAGUUUGGACUGCUCCGGCUGCGGACCUCCUCGAUCCCGCAGGUCCUUCUACCUGUUCGUUUCCUGUCCUUCUCGUCUCUUGUAUUCCUGGAAUGCAUCGUCCAAUCAUCGAAUACGGGCUUUUGGUUCGUUAACAUGUAGACCAACCCCCUCUCCGCUGUUUGAGCCAAAUUCGCCUGCUCAUCCCGUCACGGAUUCCAGCCUGCAUUCGCCCAGUAAUCGGCCGAGAGAAAGAGGAGCAUGGGGAGAGACGGAGACAGAGAGGCAAAGCAGGCCACUCGCUCGCUGCCCUGCAGCCCACCUGCCGCCUGCGUUGCGCACCACAGAUUUGCCCUUGUCGCGGCUUAUGCAGGUGUCGUUUGAGCAUUUGAGUGGAUGGACCGGCUCGUCAAUCGCCCUGCCACGCCUGCUUUUCCCAUUACUCACGAGCUCGCGGAGGCGUACAGUACUGUACUUGACUGUACGGAGGAGGUGGUGGCCACGGAAAGACGCAUAAUGAAGACCGUUUGAUUGGCUUCCCCUGGUCGAGGUCUCCAAU